AUGCGCGGCCUCUCCCGCGCCGUCCGGCUCAUGGCGGGGACCGGGGUCGGGACCGGGAUCGGGGGCUCCGGAGGCUCCUCCAUGGCCGGGAUCGGGCCCGGGGCCUCCGUCGCCACCGCGGCCGGGCAGAAGCGGCCGCGUCCCGAGCCCGCCCCGCUCAUCGGCACCCACGACGGCACCUUCCACUGCGACGAGGCGCUCGCGUGUUUCCUGCUGCGGCUCCUGCCCCGCUACCGGGACGCGGAGGUGGUGCGGACGCGGGACCCCCAGCGCCUGGCCCAGUGUGACGUGGUGGUGGACGUGGGGGGCGAGUACGACCCCGAGCGGCACCGCUACGACCACCACCAGAGGUCCUUCACAGAGUCCAUGAGGAGCCUCCGGCCCGACAAGCCCUGGAGCACGAAGCUGAGCAGCGCCGGGCUGGUCUAUUGUCACUUCGGCUCCCAGAUCCUGGCGGCGCUCCUGGGGCAGCCGGAGGACGGGCCCGUGGUCACGGCGCUCUACGAUAAGCUCUACGAGAACUUUGUGGAGGAGAUCGACGCCAUCGACAACGGGAUCGCGCAGGCGGAGGGGGAGCCCCGCUACGCCCUCACCACCACCCUGAGCGCCCGCGUGGGGCACCUGAACCCCCGCUGGAACGACCCCGACCAGGACACCGAGGCGGGGUUCAGGCGGGCGAUGGAGCUGGUGGGGAGUGAGUUCCUGGACCGGCUCGACUUCUACCACCGGGCCUGGCUGCCGGCACGGGCGCUGGUGGAAGAGGCUGUUCGGCGCCGCUUCGAGGUGGACUCGAGUGGGCAGGUGCUGGAGCUGCCCCAGGGCGGCUGCCCCUGGAAGGAGCACCUUUUCCAGCUGGAGAAGGAGCUGGCCCUGCCCAGGCCACUCCAGCUCGUGCUGUUCCCAGACCGGGGUGGGCAGUGGCGGGUUCAGAGCGUCCCCACGGGACCCCACACCUUCCAGAGCCGGCUGCCCCUGCCCGAGGCGUGGCGGGGGCUGCGGGACGAGGCCCUGUCCCAGCUCUGCGGCGUCCCCGGCUGCGUCUUCGUCCACGCCAGCGGCUUCAUCGGCGGCAACCGGAGCCGGGAGGGGGCCCUGGAGAUGGCACGGCGGGCACUGCGGCACGGGGGGGGCACGCAGAGCGGGUGAGCCCCCCCUCCCAUCGCCAUCACCCCAAAAGGGACCCCCCGGCCCAGCGCGGGGGGUUCCAGGGACAGCUGGGACUGUUCCUGUAAU